AUGGCCGAAGAAAUGCAGAUCAAUGCCCAACGCGCCAAACAGCUUACUGAGAACCUUACGAGUAUCACAUCUCGCAUAAAAGCCGCCAACAAGAGCAAUCGAAAUGUCCGCCUCAUAGCCGUCUCCAAACUCAAGCCCGCAAACGACAUCCUCGCGCUCCACCAACCGCCAAACCCCCUACACACCCACUUCGGCGAGAACUAUGUCCAAGAACUCCUCGAGAAAUCCAAGCUCCUCCCGCGCUCAAUCCGAUGGCACAUGAUCGGUGGCCUCCAAUCCAACAAAUGCAAGCAACUCGCCGAGCAAAUACCCAACCUCUGGUGUGUCAGCAGCGUCGACAGCGAGAAGAAAGCGAACGAGCUGGAGAAGGGGCGAAAAGCGCUGAUUGAGAAGGAUAACGCAGUAGAGAAAUUGCGAAUCAUGGUCCAGGUCAAUACGUCCGGCGAAGAAGCCAAGUCCGGCGUCGAGCCCGCAGACACCACGGCGCUGUGCAAACACGUCAUUGAAAAAUGUCCGCAUUUGGAGCUCAUCGGACUCAUGACGAUCGGCGCGAUUGCAAGGAGUAAGGAAACGACGCCCGAGACGGAGAACGAGGAUUUCGUGUGCUUGAAGGAUGUCAGGGAUAAGGUUGCGCAGGAGCUGGGAUGGGAGCAGGAUAAGCUGGAGCUGAGUAUGGGCAUGAGUGCGGAUUUCGAGGGCGCGAUUAAAAUGGGCAGUGAUGAGGUUAGGGUAGGGAGUCAGAUUUUCGGGGAGAGGCCGGUGAAGAAGGAUGCGGUUGUUAAGGAGGAGGUGGCGGAGGGGAAGAAUUAGGUGUGGUGCGGGUGAGGUGUGUGAAGGAGACAGGUAUACAGGACAUUCGAAUAGCUUGUAUGUGAUUCCUCUGUCCUUUUC